CUGUCCAGGCCUGCAGCUCUCUGAGAGUUUUCAGUAGCUUACUGGGGAUUCUUGAUGUUUCUUUUUCUGACCAUCCCAUGCUCAUGACAAGAUGAUCAACAUUACAUCACAAGUCUGAAGAGUUUGUAAAUAACCUGCAUGUAUAAUGAAUGAUGCAGUAUCCUGCUCAGUCAAAAGGCUACACGUGGACUGAGAUAAAACACCUGGUCAGGGACAGAAGGGAAUGGAAGCAAUAUUCGUCAGUGGCCUAUGCGCCAAAAUGGAGUGAAUAUUCUUCAGAUCAGACAAUGAAUGAGACUGUAAGGAAACUGCGUAAAUCACACAAAAUAGUGACUGAGGUACUUUGAAAUCACACAAAAUAUUAUUUUUUUCUCAGGUAUUUUCCAAUGGCUCUGGAUCUUGGGUGUGGACGAGGGCAUAUUUCAAAAUGCCUAACAAAGGAACAAGUGGGAACUCUAGUCAUGACUGAUAUGGCAGAAAAUAUGCUGACUCAAUGCCAGCCUUGUGAAUUUCCAACCCCAAAGGUUGUGGUAGAUGAAGAAUUCCUACCUUUUUCUCAAAACACGUUUGAUCUUGUUGUUAGUAGUUUAAGCCUUCACUGGGUUAAUGACUUACCUGGAACAUUUAGACAGAUUAUUCACUGCCUGAAAGAGGAUGGAGUCUUUAUUGGGGCCAUGUUUGGUGGAGAUUCACUUUACCAGUUGAGAGCCUCACUACAGCUGGCUGAAACUGAGAGGGAGGGGGGAUUUGCUGCUCAUAUUUCACCAUUUGCAGAAGUUAGAGAUCUUGGAAAUCUGCUGACAAGAAGUGGAUUCUCACUGACAACAGUGGAUUUUGAUGAGAUAACAAUAGGAUAUCCAAACAUGCUUGAACUUAUGCAUGAUCUCAAAGGAAUGGGUGAAAAUAAUGCCGCAUGGAAUAGAAAGACAUUGCUACACCGAGACACAAUUCUAGCAGCUUCUUCUGUUUACCAGGGUAAGUAUUUUUUUCAACCAGUGUGUGUUUAUAAGGAGAAGUCCACACAGUAGAUAUUCGGUAAAAAAGGUGAACGUCUCUAUAGGGCAAAGUGCUCUACACAGCCUGAGCUUAUCCCAGUUUCUGUAUAAUCUAACACCUAGGAGACAGUGUUCUACUCCCCCCUGGAUGGGAUGCUAGAGUUCAUUGCAGGGUUACAUGGACUUGCACCCCAGCAUUAAAUUUGCCAGUACCCAUUUAAUAUACCUUGGUGGGGAGAGGUACUGUGAGGGUAAAGUAUCUCACCUAAGAAGAACACAAUGCAUUGACCAAGACCAACCUGGACCGCUUGAUCCAGAACCUAGCACACUAACCAUUAGGCCAGUGUCUUUCCACAUGCAUUACACAGAUCUUCCUCAGAACCACCUUGGUGGCUACAAUCAUGGACAAAAGUGUUGACACAUUUGAGCAAAACAAACACUUUCUAUCAGCAUCCUUCCAUAAUUACAAAAAACAUAUUUUUUGUCGAUAGCCAAACCCCCCUCUCUCCCUUUUCAAUGUUGAAAUAAUUAUGCUCCGUGUCACUAUCAUGUAGUUACAACAUUGAAAAGGGGAAAGGGGGUCGAAAUGUGGAAAUAGGAGGUUGAAAAACUCACCCGUUCAACGAAACAGGUCUUUUUUCGGGAAGUGUCUCAACUGCUUUUGUCCAUGAUUGUAGGUCUCCCGCUUGCAGAUUGCUCUGUGCCCAGAGGUACUUUUUUUUGUCAACAAUAUAGUGGCUAAAUU